AUGGUGUCGGUUCACACUCGAUGGCUGAUAGGCGAUGGCCGCAGUAUUGACGUGACCAGGGACUCAUGGGUUGAUGGCCUCCCCCUGUGCCGUUGGCCGACUACUGUUAGUGUUGAGGCUGGGGAGGGUUUACAGGUCUGUGAUCUUAUGACUCCCGGGGAGGCUGGAUGGGACAAGACUCGGUUAGCCCGCUUCUUCGGGGAGCAUCUGGCGGAGCGGAUUCGCUCCCUCCCUCUGCCACAGAGUGGUGGACCAGAUGUACGAGUGUGGAGCUCCUCGACCAGUCCCAGAGUCAGGAUGAGCGUCCUUUCCCGCAUUCUUAGGCGGGAGUAUGUACCUGGUCCUGACUGUGCCUGGAUCUGGCGAUUGGGCCUUCUCCCGAGGGUUGCGCUGUUCCUCUGGAAGGUGGUCUGGGAUCGUCUUCCAACGAGAGCAGUACUUGGUGGACGAGGAUUGAGGAUCCCCCUGGAGUGUGGGGUGUGCGGUGUGGCCGAGACGGUCGACCAUACUUUGUUUCGGUGCUCUAGGGCGAGGGAUACUUGGCGUUUGGCUGGGGUUCCGCAGCCGGUAUGGUUCUGUAGGGACCAGUUCUUACAGGCCAUGCGCCUGGCCUCGGAGUCUCCGGCGCUUCGUCAGGAGGUGACUCGAGUGAGCUGCACUGCCUACCAGAUCUGGUUGGCUAGGAACGCUCGUAUUUUUGGUGAACGAUGUAUGCCGCCGAGAUUUGUGGCCGAGAGCGCCCGGAGUCAGGCGGCAGAGAUGUGUCAUGCCUCCUCCACUGGAGGGACCUUGACAGCUCGGGACAUCUGGGGCCCCCACCUUGCUUCGGCAGCAUCUCACACGGUGUUUUUCACCUAG